GCGCGGAGGGAAGGCGAGGCUGCGGCCGAUCAUGCCCAAGGUGUAGCCGCGAAGCGGAGGCAUGGCUGCCGGAAGGUUACUGCUCUACACCGGCCUCUCGCUAGCGCUCUGCGCCCUCGGCAUGCUGGCCGUGGCCAUCUGCUCAGACCACUGGUACGAGACGGACGCCAGGAAGCACAGGGACAGAUGCAAGGCCUUCAACACUCGCCGGAUCGACCCCGGCUUCAUUUACAACAACAACAACAACUUGCCACUCCGGGCCAGCCGCUCGCGCCUGGACCGCUGGGAGGGCAAGCUCCUCCGGGCCCGGAAUCGCCGGCAGCUGUUCGCCAUGAGCCCAGCCGACGAGUGCAGCCGGCAGUACAACUCCACCAACAUGGGCCUCUGGAGGAAGUGCCACCGACAAGGCUUCGACCCCGAGAUCGCGGCCCUGAUUCGGAAAGGAGAAAUUGAGCGGUGCACAUACAUCAAAUACCACUACUCCUCAGCCACCAUCCCCAGGAACCUCACCUUCAACAUCACGAAGACCAUCCGCCAGGAUGAGUGGCACGCUCUGCACCUGCGCAGGAUGACGGCCGGCUUCAUGGGCAUGGCAGUGGCCAUCAUCCUCUUCGGCUGGAUCAUCGGCGUGCUGGGCUGCUGCUGGGACCGAGGCCUUAUGCAGUAUGUGGCUGGGCUGCUCUUCCUCAUGGGAGGAACUUUCUGCAUCAUCUCACUGUGCACCUGUGUGGCCGGGAUCAACUUUGAGCUGUCACGUUACCCCCGCUACCUGUACGGACUCCCCGACGACAUCAGCCAUGGCUACGGAUGGUCCAUGUUCUGUGCAUGGGGGGGCCUGGGCCUCACGCUGAUCUCGGGAUUCUUCUGUACCUUGGCCCCUUCUGUCCAACCUGUCCCGAGGACCAACUGCCCCAAAUCCAGACCCGAGAACGGGACAGUGUGCUAAAACAACAAGCCCAUACUCACACACACACACAUAUAUAUAUAUAAAUAUAUAUAUAAUAUACAUAUAUAUGACAAAACUCAAUCAAGACAAUGCC